GGCAACGUGGAUAUCCCCCGGCGUUGCAACUGUUGAAUGGCAAGCCCGAAACCCACCUUCAACUACCCUUCCUUCGUCCACAUAGCGCUGAGAGAGAGACAUAUAGGUCGGUCGUGAAGAAAGAGGGGGAGAGAGCUCUUCCAAACCACCACCACAACACACCCCCACAACCCCCCCCCCCCCCCCCCCCCCCCCCACACACACACACACACACACAGAUGGGUUCACAUACCAUAUCCGUAGCAUCAAUCACAUACCUCACUCUGAUAUGUUUAUUCCAAAGCUCCCACGCCGAUAAGCCAACAGCUUACGAAAUGCUCCAGCGAUACAACUUCCCCAUCGGCGUUUUACCCAAAGGCGUCACCGGCUACGACUUGGACGAGUCUACAGGCAAGUUCUCCGCCUACUUGAACGGCAGCUGCGCCUUCUCCCUCGAGGGCUCGUACCAACUGAACUACAAGCCCACAAUCAAAGGGUACGUGUCCAAGGGAAGGCUCUCCAAAUUGGAGGGCGUCAAAGUGAAGUUGUUUUUCAUCUGGGUUGACAUUGUAGAGGUCGACAGGAACGGCGACGACCUCGAUUUCUCGGUUGGGAUCGCGUCGGCCGGGUUCUCGGUAGAUAGUUUCGAGGAGUGUCCUCAGUGUGGGUGUGGGUUGAAUUGUGGUGAUCGGAGAGUGAGGAAUGUUAGGACAAACCCACUUGGUUUAUCUUCGUCUUUUUAAUGCAAUAGUUUGCUGCAAGCAUUGUUUUUCGAUUGGAAAUGCAUCCUCCCCAUUUAUGUUUUGGACUCGAGGAGACAAUCAUGAUCGGGACUGUAUGUUCAUUUGCUGCAAUCAAUGAUCCAGACUGUCUCCUCCAAUCCUAAACAUGGACCGGAGAGGAUCCGGAUCCUUUUAGCUUCUAAAUUAUGGGUUCUUUCUUUAUUGCUAA